AUGGGCCAGUCGGAGGUUCGGCCAAACACGGUAACGGUCAACGCGGUCAUGAGCGGACUGGAAGGAACUGGCUGGCUGCGGGCCUUUGACUUGCUUCGUGAUGCCUCAAAGACAAGGCAUCAAGCUGAUGAGAUUGGCCUCAACACCGCUGCUAGAGCUUGCACCGGGCGAGCCUGGUCCAAGGCGCUGGAGCUUCUUCACGGGAUGCCCGCGCACGGGCUCCGGGGCAGCCGAUCCGGCAUCAACGCUGUGCUGAAAGCUUGCGCAAGCAGAUGGGAGUGUGGCUCUCUGCUACACCUCCGCCGGCCAGACCUCGUGACGUUCAACACAGCCAUUGCCAGCCUGGAGCCUGAGGGCUGGGCCUGCGGCUUGGCCUGGGUGGCGGAGAUGCAGGUGGAGAGGCUCGCCGGAUCCCUGGCCACCUACGUCUCUGCGGCCACACUGCUGGGCCAGGGUACGGCUUGGCAGCACGCCGUUGCCUUGCUGGAUGCUUGUCUGCUUUCUGGACUGGAGCCAAACGUGGCUUUGCGGUCGUCCUUGCUCAGCUCUUCGUCGAAGGUCCUUCGUUGGGCGGCUGCUCUCUGCAUCUUCGGGGAGGUGGAUGCACGCCAGGCCGACGACCGCUGCCGGGCCAGCGUUCUGCCGGCACUCGCCGGGAGCUGGCCGCGGGCUCUGAGCCUCCUACCAGGCCGGUAUCUGCAAAGUCGGGCGACUGCGGCUGCUGCCGGCACUUGCCAGGACGCCUGGGGUCGUUGUCUCCUCCUUCUACGAGAUCUUGCCUCCCGAGGCGGUCGAGACUUCGCAGCGGUGACAACUGCUGCAAUCGCUGCCUUGGACAAGGAAGGAAACUGGGCGUCGGCAUCGGCCCUGCUGCGCCUCGCCGAUCCGGUCGAUGAGGUGAUGUGCACAGCCGUGCUGAGCGCCGCCAGGUCUUCGGACGCUUGGCCUAGAGCUGCAGCAUGGCUCUACACAAUGGCCUCAGGGCGCUUGAACCCGGUGGAUGCCAGCUUCAACGCGGCGGCGACGGCCGCGUCCUCCGGGCACAGGUGGGCUUUUGCUUUACGCCUGGUCCCGUUUGCUGCUUCCUUCGGUGCAAAUGCCUCCCUGGCGGCAAUGCGCAGAGCGUGGUGGAGGGCACUGGCAAGGUUGGCGGCCAUGGAGGACGACAGUGUGCUGGUGGACUGCAUCAGUUACAACUCGGUUCUGGCAGCCCUGGCUUCGGACAGCUGCUGGCGCUGGGCUCUCGAUCGGGCCAAGCGCAU